AUGAUGCGACGAAUCCUUUUCCUCCUGUUUCUGGUUGCCGUGUGUGUUGCAUGGUCGGCUGAAGACUACGAGCUGUUCAAAUUACACGACGAGUUGGAAACCACUGAAGGCCCUGGGGUCACAUUUUACGAUGUUCUCGGUGUAUCACCUCAUGCCACGGUCGACCAAAUCAGUGCCGCCCUCAAGAAGAAGUCCCGUACUCUCCAUCCGGACAAAGUCAAGCAUUCCUUCAUAGCUUCGCGGUCGACAGCGAGCCCCAAAAAGCCAGGUGGCAAGAAAAAGCCCGCAGUACACGUCUCAAAGGGACCGACACAGCGAGAGAUUUCACGCGUCGUGAAAGAUGCGCAGGAACGCUACAGUCGGCUCACCCUGAUCGGGACCAUUCUGAGAGGCCCAUUGAGGGAGAGAUAUGAUUUUUUCGAGGGACAUGGCUGGCCGUCCUGGCGUGGGACAGGCUAUUACUACCAAAGAUACCGUCCUGGGCUGGGGACUGUUUUACUGGGACUGUUUCUGAUCGGCGGCGGAGCUGUCCACUACUUUGUUUUGACAAUGAACUACCGCAGACACCGGGACUUCAUGGAGAGGUACAUCCGAUACGCAAAGAAACAAGCCUGGGGCGAUGAGUCUGGGAUUAGAGGCAUUGCAGGUCUCGGUGAGCCGGUCGAAGUCGCUCCCACCAUCGAAGAGCCUGAUCCGAUGGCCAACCUGAACCGACGGCAGCGGCGAGAAAUGGAGCGACAAAAUAAAAAGGAAAAGACGGGCAAGCCUGCUUCUGCACCUCCUCCCAAAGCGGUGCAAUCCACAUCGCAGGACAGACGGCGUGUCACUGCAGAAAACGGGAAGAUCCUGGUAGUCGACGCGGGGGGCAACGUAUACUUGGAAGAGGAGGACGAAGACGGGAACACGCAGGAAUAUCUCUUGGAUCUCGACGAGAUCGUUAAGCCCACUGUGUGGGAUACAGCUGUUCUGCGCCUCCCCAUCUGGCUAUGCCGCAAGGCCAUCAGUCCAUUUUCGAAGAGCACGCAGCCGAAUGCUGAAGACGAGGAUGUGCCAAACAGCGAGGCGCCCCUGGAACCCACCGAAGAAGCCAUUGAUUCAGACAAGCCGUUAGUGCGGGAUAUGAGCUCGAGUCAAAUAUCGGAUUCUGGGUUUGAGAUUGUCGAGACAACCGGCCUGGAGAAUGCGAAUGGCACCAACGUCAAAAAACGGGGCAAAAAGGCGAGGAAAUGA